GCUACCUUCCGGUACGAUUUUCGUCUUUAUAUUUACUUCUCCCUCCAGUUCUCCUUCCAGCUCCACUACACACUUCUCUUUCGGCCUCUCACUGCCUUAAUUCUCCACACAGACACAGAAACUUACUCCGUUAGCUUGCGUUGCGUCCAUGGCCAGCUCUCGUCAGCUUCUGAUCAGCUAUUUCCUCGCUUCAAUGGCAUCGUCUCUCGUCGUCGCGGGACCCCAGGUACCUUGCUUCUUCAUCUUCGGCGACUCGACGGUGGACAACGGCAACAACAACGGCCUCGCAACCUCCGCCAAAGCCAAUUACACCCCUUACGGCGUCGAUUUCCCCGACGGCCCCACCGGAAGAUUUUGCAACGGCAAAAAUAUCGCCGACGUUAUUGCUGAACUUCUGGGCUUCGACAGUUUCAUUCCACCCUUCGCAACUGCAAGUGGCACGACCAUCUUAUCUGGUGUAAACUAUGGCUCUGGAGCUGCCGGAAUUCGUGAUGAAACCGGGCAACAACUGGGGGAACUAAUCAGCAUGAACAAGCAGCUGCUAAACCACCAAACCUCAAUCUCGCGAAUCGUCAAGUUUCUGGGAAGCGAAGAAGCAGCUGCAAAAUACCUAAACAAGUGCAUAUAUGCAGUUGCAAUUGGCAGCAACGAUUACAUCAACAACUACUUAUUGCCAAAGCAUUACCCUACAAGCCACAUCUAUACUCCAGAGGAAUACGCAGUCGUCCUUACCCAGCAAUAUUCUCAGCAGAUGAGGACUCUGCACAGGAAUGGAGCCAGGAAGGUGGCCCUCUUUGGGCUUGGUUUGAUCGGCUGCACCCCAGAUGAAAUGGCCACUUACGGCACCAAUGGAUCCUGUGUGACCAUGAUCGAGGACUACGUGCAGAUGUUCAAUAACCGGCUUAAAUCCCUUAUUGAUGAGCUCAACGGCGAUUUUUCUGACGCCAAGUUCGUAUACAUAGACAGCUACGAAGCCUCACUGUCCGCGGCUUAUGGCACCGGCGUUAGCUAUACGACAACGCCCUGCUGCCAUGUGUCGUUGAGCCUGGGGAAGGCGCAGUGCGCUCCGGGCACAGUACCCUGCAGCAACAGGAGCUCGUACGCGUUCUGGGACGGGUUCCAUCCUACCGAGAUUAUCAAUACGUAUCUGGGUGAAAGAGCUUACAGCGCCAAGUCUCCAUAUGAUGCUUAUCCAACUGACAUCAAAGGCUUGGCUGAGCUGCAACUGGGAGAAGACCAGAUUCAGCCCAAAGACAAGCUGAAGAAUUGGAGGUGGAGCAUGAUAAAAAGCCUAUUUUCCGGUCCAAUGUUGGGAGGCUUUUGAUGCAUUUUGAGCUCAGCCUUGCACUAGUGUUUCCCCUUCGAUUCGAUGUGUGAUAAAGUUUCAGCCAAAUCCUCAAAAUGUGGCUGUCCCUUGUUGUCCGACAUUGCUUCUCAUGUUUGGCUUAUGCUAAGUGUCUGUAGCAGCUCCAUUCCUUUUGUUGUAGGCUUAAUUUGGAGUAUUUUAAUUUCUUGUUAAAUUCAACUCAACUCAGCUAUUUUCUGAAAAAGAUAAUGCUAAAUGGUUGGAUUU